AUGAUAAACAGCCACAUCACCGACAGAAAAGCUCUCGAAAUUAUCAUCGGCGGCGGUGAAAGCCCCAAUUACAAUUCUCCGGCGCCAUCUCCGGAUCCAUCUCCGGAGCCAGAAGACUGUCCUCCACCACCGCCUCCUCCAGCACCAUCACCGCCGCCGCCACCACAACCACUCCCUCCUCCACCGCCACCGCAGCUGCAAUUCUCAAGCCCACUAAUAGAGAAAGUGUAUCCAGUCAUCAAGAAUUUCCAGAACCUAAUCGAAGACGAUCCAAAGAAGAUACUCAAAACAUGGGUAGGCACCGACAUUUGCGCUGGGGAAAAAUACAUAGGACUCGAGUGCGCUAAGCUCCCGGGAACGAACAAUCUCGCACUCGCGAGUAUUCAGUUCAACCAAUUUAACUUGGGAGGCAAGAAACUCCGGCUAGAUAACUUCCUCGACAAGCUAGAUGAAGUCACCAUCUUCCAUGCAAACAGCAACAAUUUCGUGGGCUCUGUUCCAAAAGUCAGCAACUUGAAGUACCUCUUAGAGCUUGACCUCAGCAACAACAAGCUCUCUGGACAGUUCCCGAGCUCUGUCUUAAAAGCAACGAAUCUCACGUUUCUCGAUCUCAGAUUCAAUUCUUUCUCAGGUUCUGUGCCUUCUCAGGUUUUCAAUCUUGAUCUCGACGUCUUAUUCAUCAAUGACAACAAUCUUGUUCAGAGACUUCCCGAUAAUCUCGGAUCCGUCACUGCUCUUUACCUUUCAUUUGCUAACAACAGAUUCACGGGUCCUAUUCCCGGAAGCAUAGGUGACAUCAAGUCCUUACAAGAAGUCCUUUUCUUGAAUAACACGUUAACCGGUUGUUUACCAUACCAAAUCGGGAAGCUUAACCGAGCUACGGUUUUUGAUGUCGAGUUAAACCAGCUAACCGGUCCGAUACCUUACUCUUUCGGAUGCCUAGACAAGAUGGAACAGCUGAAUUUGGCUAGAAACAAGUUCUACGGCACCAUACCGGAGAUCGUCUGCGAGCUCUCAGCCCUCAAGAACGUUUCUCUCUCGUUCAAUUACUUCACGCAGGUCGGUCCAAAAUGUCGGAAACUUAUCAAGAGGAAGAUUCUAGACGUUCGCAUGAACUGUAUUCUAGAUCUUUCGAAUCAGAGAACGCCUUGGGAAUGCGCUAAAUUCUUCAUGCGGAAACAGAAAUGUCCCGACUAUAGGUCUUUCUUUUAUAUCCCUUGUGGCAAGGAUCCGCACCGGAUUAAACCGGAUCAAGAAGGAUUAGACGGUCAGGCUUCGUCACCUGUAUCUUACGGCGCUCUUAACCCGGACCGGAUUCGUAAUCUCUAG